AAUUCAGGUAAGGAUCGCAAUUGCAAAUAUUCACCUGCUGGAUUAUGUCAUUAACAAAGAGUAUCUUCGGCAAGAUCUGCGUUCUUGCCUGUAUCUGCUUCCUUCAAGUUUGUUGUUCUGAAACAUCUAAAGCGGACAAUGCCUCUGAUGUCACAACUUCUUUGCCUGUGAGUGAAGAAGCAGAGAGUAAAUUAGUGGAAACAGCAGUUAAGCUGGAUGGACAAGAAUCUUAUCAAAUAUCCAAAGCAGAGCCAUAUCCGCAUAGUGAUCAUGGAUACAUCCAACAAACUUCUCUUUAUAAACAAGAUCCUUACAAAAGUGAAGAUCAGUCUUCGCAUAGCAAAUAUGGCGGUUCAUUCGAACAUUACAAGCAACAAUAUUUGAGUCAUCAAGCCCCAGCGUACCAUACCGCCAAUCAGGAUUCACAUCAUUCUGGCUAUGGAUCUGAUGGUUACCAUAAAGAUAGAACUCAUCACGAGCAAGUGCAUGUUGAAUCGGAUUACGGAUAUCCCCAUAGCGGCAAAUAUGAAGUUGACGGAUAUGGCAGCGAUAAGAGUAUUCCAUACGGCACUAAGCUACCCGUUAGAACCAAAGAAAAGUCAUACCCACGUUAUUCUAAAGAAAUCGGCCAGAAGCAGCGUGAGUUAUAUAACUCUGCUAAGUAUAGUGAUGAUAAAUCUAAAUACAUUGCUCAAGAGGUACCAUCCGAAGAGUAUGGCUCCAAAUCAUAUUACGAAAACUCAGAUUCUGGAAAGGGAGAUGAAUACGUUUCUAAGGAACAGUCUUACAGCUCAAGUCAAGGUGAAACAUCUUACGGACACGAGUCUCCUCAAAUAAGCCAGCAAUUAAUAUACGAACAGUUAGACGCAAAACAUGAAGAUGGAAAAUCGGGGUACAGUUCAAGCGGUGGCCAUGCAUCACCUGAAAUAGCUCAGCAUUUAAUAUAUGAUCAAUUCGAUGCAAAAGACGUCGAUGGCAAAUCUGGAUACAGCUCCCAUGGUGGAUAUGCAUCUCCCCAGAUAGCUCACCAAUCAUAUGAUCAAUUAGAUACAAAACAUGUUGAUGGCGAAUCGGGAUAUAGUUCCCAUGGUGGACAUGUAUCUGCACAACUUCACCAACAGCAAUAUUAUGAUCAGACAGAUGACAAGCACGUUGAUGGUAAAUCAGGAUACAGCUCUCAUGGCGCAUAUGCAUCACCUCAAAUUACUCACCAAUUAUAUGAUGAUUCAGAUACAAAACAUGCCGACGGCAAAUCAGGUUAUAGCUCCCACACUGCACAUGCACCUGCACAACAAAAUCAGCAUUUAUAUGAUCAAAUUGACGUCAAGCACCAUGAUGGAAAAUCGGGAUACGAUUCUCAUGGAUCUAAAGAAAUACACCAACCUGCAGUUGUUACAUCUUAUUACUACAGAGGAAUUAAAACUCACAGCUCAAUUCCAGUCAAGACUGACAGCAAAAAAUAUGUAUCAAGUGGUCAAGAAUAUUUUCCAGUAAUCCCUAAAGAGGCUGAAUACAUUUCAAGUGUAAAAGAGCAAUCAUACGCACAGGAUGCAAAGCUCGGAGUUGUACCAGAAGAUGGUCAAUAUGUUAGUGGACUCUCAAAACAAACUGGGGAUGGCAAAAUGGCGAUCUAUAUAAAGCAACUGGGCCAUUCUUUGACUGGAGACAAGUAUGGUAAAGGUGGAGAACGACAUGGUUUCCUUUUGCUUCCCGUUUUACCCGGUAAACAGAACGAUGCUGUGCAAAUUGCCCAAACAAACUUUUAUAACAUUGGUGGCAAUAAAUAUGGCAAUAUCCAUCAAGGGGUUGACACAUCUGCUUAUGGUUACAGUCCAAUUCAAGAAGAUCAUGAAAAGAUUUCAACUUACAAAGGAAAAGGUGGGAUUCAUGUUCAAGAACUAAAAUCUCUUUACCAAAGCCCUGAAAGCUAUAACCAAAGGUUAUUGAUAAGCGAUAUUGGAAAAACAGCUACACAUGGUUCGAGUUACGAUGAUGGAGGUAAAGGUAAAUCAAGUCACUACGGCACAAACAAAGAAAAUAUUUACGUGCAAGAUACGAGUUCGUACGGUGAACACGGUUCCUAUAAAGACCCCGUACACCCAUCUCCUUUCAAGGGAUCUUCAUUCAAGCCAAUCAUUCCGAAAAGUAAUCAAAUAAUUUCUAAUGGAUAUGGAAGCGUUAACCACGAAGAAUAUAACAACCAAAAAACUCAUCAACGCCUAGGAAAAUCCUCCUACGAGCAUCAGUCACCUCUUCAGUAUUCAAAGAGUACAGGAUUUCAACCUUCUUAUUACUUCCCACCUACGUCAUCAGCUCCCCAGGUACCAGUUCCACAAUUCUCCAGUUAUGGAAAAAGCGAAAUACCAAAGUCUUCAGCCCAAAGUCACGGAUACAGUAAUCAAUACGAAAGAGUCCAACUAGCAUCUGGUUACUUACCACCUAAACCAAGCAUUGCCUCCCAAAAGAGAAUUAAAUCUUACGCAAUUGUAUUGCAGCAAAAGCCCCAUGAACAAAUUCAAGUGGACGGAUAUGGUGCAUCCGCAUACCCAGAGGCAUCAGUAAGAAAGUCCAAAUUAUUAUCAGGAAGAUUUUCAGAAUCUCAGUUCAAGCCAAUCAUCGGAAAAUCUAGCUCGUUACAUUCAAGGAGUGCUUCUCUAUCCCACAAUAUCAAAUCCCAAACGGUUGCAACUGCAUAUGCACCAGUUGCCUACUCACAACGAGUUUCCAAAAAGUAUUAGAAAACUGUAUUUAUGAAAAGUGCUGAGUUGAUCCAAAUUAAUUGCUCCAAUUUUGAAUUUCCGUAAUUCUAUUUUAAUUGUAAAGAAUGUAGUCGCAUAAAAUAUACUCCCUUACAAGUAUUUAAAAAAUAUUUUUUUCAAAUCGUGAACCAGCUGAAGACAAUCAACAUUAAAUAAGAAAAGCAAUGUCUUAAAUCACAAAUGCAAUAUAACGUACUAAAAACGCAACUCCCCCCUUUAGAAAUAUGAAGCUUC